AUCCUUAUAAAUUAGGGGAUUCCUCCGGCUCGUCUCCCCGUCCUGCAUCCUUCCGAGUUCCGAAUCUCCAAUAAACAGGAGCGGUAGAACUCGAAACCUUUUCCCUCCCUCUCUCUCUCUCAUCACAAAAAUGGGUAGUCUGGAAAAGGAGAGAACUACGGUGGGUUGGGCAGCAAGAGACCCAACAGGGUUCCUAUCGCCUUACACUUACGGUCUAAGAAACACAGGUCCGGAGGAUGUGUUCAUCAAGGUGCUAUGUUGUGGCAUAUGUCAUACCGAUCUCCACCAACUCAAGAAUGACCUCGGAAUGUCCAACUACCCCAUGGUUCCUGGGCAUGAAGUCGUGGGUGAAGUGGUGGAGGUUGGGUCUGGUGUGACCAAGCUCAAAGCCGGUGAUCGCGUCGGAGUUGGCGUCAUAGUUGGGUGUUGCAGAGAGUGCUCUCCUUGUAAAUCGAACAUCGAGCAGUACUGUAACAAGAGGAUUUGGUCCUAUAAUGAUGUCCACCCCGAUGGUAAACCCACCCAAGGAGGGUUCGCUGGCGCCAUGGUCGUUGAUCAAAAAUUCGUGGUGAAAAUACCAGAUGGAUUGGCACCAGAACAAGCGGCCCCGCUACUAUGCGCUGGGUUGACAGUGUAUAGCCCGUUGAGCCAUUUUGGAUUCAAGAAGAGUGGGCUGAGAGGAGGAAUUCUGGGUCUCGGGGGGGUUGGACACAUGGGUGUGAAGAUUGCCAAGGCGAUGGGUCACCAUGUCACUGUGAUUAGCUCCUCCGACAAGAAGAGAGAGGAAGCGUUGGAGCAUCUGGGUGCCGAUGCCUACCUCGUAAGCUCUGAUGCUGAAGCGAUGCAAAAGGCCGCUGAUAGCCUUGACUACAUCAUCAACACUGUCCCUGUUUUUCAUCCUCUCGAACCUUACCUCUCUCUCUUGAAGGUUGAUGGAAAGUUGAUCUUGCUCGGCGUCAUUGCAAAUCCUCUGCAAUUCGUUACUCCCGUGGUGAUACUAGGGAGGAAGACGAUCGCGGGGAGCUUCAUAGGCAGCAUGCAAGAAACAGAAGAGAUGCUCGAAUUCUGCAAGGAGAAGGGGCUGACUUCGCAGAUCGAAGUGGUGAAGAUGGAUUAUGUAAAUACAGCCUUGGAAAGGUUGGAAAAAAACGAUGUGAGAUACAGGUUCGUGGUGGAUGUGGCCGGGAGCAAGCUUGAUCAGUAACGAUACUACAGUCAACAAUUGCCAGUGUUAUUGCUUCUUUUACAUCACUUCGUCCUCACGCAUUCUUCUUCUUCUUCUUAAUGCUGAUUUUUAUUGUGAAGUUGUGGUUCUCUCUCUCUCUCGCUAGUGUUUGAGAUUUUUUCUGGAGAUUCUGAAUAAUAUCAUGUAAUAAGAAUGUGUUAUGUAGUGACAGUUAGCCAGGGGAUUUGUACUUUUUCUUUUUUCUUAACGAUGGAAUUAUGGAAUCAGGAAAUAAAGGUUUUCCAGGGGAUUUGUACUCACAAAUAAUGUGAAAUGUUAGUUCUGUGAA